CCGGAAGCCGUGUGGCGCGCAUCUCUUUGUGAACGGCACUAGUGUCUUUCAGUUACAGUACGGUCAGCAGCGAGAAGGGACGCCACCAUGCAACAGUUGAUAGCCGUUCCGUUGCUUCUGUUGCUGCUGCAGGGCUCCGUGCAGCUCCGACAUGUGGAGGUUGAGGCAUCGAACGAUGGACCUUCGCCCUGCCAGGCCCCGCUGCAGUGGGAGGGGAGGUGGGUCGUGUACGACCACGGCACGGGGAGGAACAACCGGGCCGCGGUGUCCUACGACGGACAAAACCACAGACUGCGGGUCCUGCAGCAGCACAAGAAGCACACGCCGUGUCAGAGGUACUUUGAGUUAAUCUACUUGUACGCGAGCAAGCUAAUGUUCCAGAUCGACCAGAAGACAGGCGAAUGCGCCAAGGUUGAGCUGACCGAGGCCUGGGACCCCUUCGACAUUCCCGACAACUCCACCUUCGAGGACCAGUAUAUCAUCGGCGGCCCCGGCGACAAUGUGGAGGUGCAGGAGUGGUCCGACAGGAAGCCUGCACGCAAACAUGAGACGUGGGUGGGCGUGUACACCCUGCGCGACUGCUACCCGGUUCAAGAGACGUACAUCAAGAACAGCAGUGUCACCACAUCCACGCGCUUCUUCAAUCUGCAGCUGGGCAUCAGCGACCCAAAUGUCUUCACACCGCCACCCAGCUGCCAGGCGGCCCGACCACACGCCAUGGCCACUUCGCACUGCUAAGUUGCUCGGGUUCCGCUCGGGGCGCAUCCGGGGUUGGGCAUCCCGAGGCAAGAUAUGGGAUUUUUAUUGCUUUUUAUUUCAUAAUCCAACCAACGAGAGCGGAGCAUGAGUCUUAAAAAUGACACAUUAAAAAACUAGAUUGUGAAUGGUUUGUGUCUUCUACUUUGCUGAAUAAAUCAUCCAUGUAAACAGCAUUAAACAACCCCGUUCAAUAAUAAAGCCGUUUGUCUGU